CCGACGACAGUCUAUUUACUUUGUUUCUUUGUACCACGCUUUGACUUUACUAUUUCAAACUUAAUUUAAUUAUCAGUUUUACAACAGCAGGACACCAAUAUGUCAGGCAUUUCCGAAGAAUAUUUGUGUGCAGUUUUAGGCAAGAUCGCGGUUGCGAACCUCAUCACUGAUUGGAGUUACAAUCAAUUAAAGUUUACAAGUAUCGCGCAAAACUACUUCGGAAUCUUAAUACCAGUUGUUUUGUCGGGCACACGAAAUGGAAAGGAAGUUAAAUUUGAACUAGUUUUGAAAUUGGCUCCGACCAACGAGCAGUAUCGUGUCAGUGGUGCGGUAACUGUUAUGUUCGCUAGAGAAGUCUUCGUGUACUCCGUUGUACUGAAAAAGUACCAAGAAAUGCAAGAACACUUGUCUUUGGACGCUCAGUAUGUCAUACCGAAGUGUUAUUACUUUCAAAAAGACUAUUGCAAGGAGGUUAUAGCCCUACAAGACAUGUGUGGGGACGGUUACAAGCCGUACACUCAUGAAAUGUUCCUAGAUUUGGACCAUACUCUGGUUUCCUUGAAAUCCCUUGCAAAAUUACAUGCAUUGUCAUUUAUACUUCAAAACCAAAAUCCACAGCUAUAUGAAGAAAUAUCAAGGACCUGUGUUCCAUUAAUGGAAGUAACAAACAAAAGAUACAUGGAUAUAAUGAGAGAUAGAUUAGAUAAAGCAUUAAAAAAGUUUGAAGGUACUACAUAUACACCUCUUUUGCACAAGUUGAGACAGAAUUGUGCUGAGCUGUUUAACGCUGCAGUAAAUUCUAUUAAAAAAACAUGCAUUUGCCAUGGGGAUAUAUGGAAAGAAAAUAUUCUUUAUAAAUAUGAGGACAAUAAACCAACAUCGGCUUGCAUGAUAGACUACCAAACAACUAGGAUAUGUAGUCCAGCAUUCGACACAAUGUACCUCAUUAUCAGCAGUACAAAUACUGAACUAAGAAACCAACACUUUCACCAGUUACUCGAUACAUACCGCAAAACUUUUGACGAGACUUUAAAAGCAUUUGACUCGGAGUCCGAGAAGGUAUAUUCUCGGCAAAUGUUCGAGAAUGAUUUGAAGAUAGUUUCACCAGCCUGUCUGGUGACUGCGAAUACUGCGUUAUGGUUGUCCAAUGGCUUGCAAGAGGAAGGUCAUGUAAGAAGUAAAGUGGUUUGGAAUACUCUAGAGGAGAGGGAAAAGGCUGUGGACAGAUACAAAGGCAUUGUUAAAGCUAUGGUCGAUGAUCUUAGUAGUUAUGGCUACCUACCUCUUAGUGAGAUUUUGUGUGAUAAAUAGAUAAAUGUAUAGAAAUAUGAAUUGUAGUGUGGGCGUUAUGUUAAUAGCAACAGGCAGCUUUUAUAGUUGAAAAGAAAAUGCAUAUCAAUAGUCUAUAGUAACUUGCAAUUUUUAUAGGUGUAUUUUAUAAAUUAAAAAAAAAAAUGGAUCUGUUGAAUCUAAUUCUUAAUUAAAUUGAGUAAAAAUGAUAUAAUCAUUAAAGACUAGUUAUCUUAGAAAUAAAUAUUAGUGCCAAAUGUUAUCAAUUAAAAUAAGAGAACAAACAACUACAUAUCUCACAGAGAUAAGACUAAUUUUUCUUGUAAAUAUUAAAUAACGUUUGAUAUUGAAGAAAUCUCAUCAUGAAUGGGUGUGUUAAAAACUUUAAUGUCAUAAGUAACAAACUCUCUUAUUCAUUGUUUUUGUUGUUAGUUUUCCGUCAUAAUUUGGGACGAUAAAAUGUCUUUUGAUGUUAAGUAAAUUGCCAAUAUUCUCAUGAAACAUUCCUUAACACAGAUUGAAAAGAUUGCUAAGAAUAAAAUAUUUCUUUGGGUUCUGUACAAACAAAACCUCUUUGCAAGGUAAAUCCGUAAAACCAUAGAGCCUGCACUGCUCUUUACCAAAGAUUUAUACCUCCUCAACAUUUAUUAGCAGUUAAUUGUUAUGUACAUACUAAUGAAAUUCUAAUUUUAUACCAAGCCAUAUUGUUGAAUAAUUUUACACAGAAGUAAAUAAAUAUUUUGUUUACAACUUU